UCAUCUUUGCUCUGCUCUGGGCUCUUUCUAUUCUCUACAUUGUUGGUUUUCUCAUGUACUUGGUGAUCCUGUGAUUAAAAGGACAGGAUCCUUCUCCACUAAAAGGUUUCCAGACAUUUCCACUUAUUUUCCCUUGAGAAACUUCUAUUCACCAAACUGCUUCAUUCUGACGGUGUAUUAGAGAUGUACGGACCUCCUCAUCGCUGCUGAACUCUGCUCAUUAGACAAAAGACUAUUCUCUGUGCAGUCAUUCUUUCAAGAGGAUCUAUUUCCAUUGCCCUAUAUAGUCUUGUGACAGUAGGUAUUCCCUCCUCCCAGUGGUGGAACCACCUUGCAUUUCAGACACAAGACUCAGGGAACUGCAUAUGGCUCUGACAUGAAGAUCUGUAGAAGGACGAGUUGUCCAUAGUGAUUAGAGGUGCUUUGACAGGUUCCAAGGAAGAGAAGCAAUAAGGAGUCCUGCUUAGCUCUUAUGACAGUGGGCCACAGCAAUGUCCUGCAUGGAUUAUAUCCCUAACAGUGCCACAAUAUCUUGACAUUAGCAGAAACUGUCCAAUGGGACUUAAAGCCUCAUCAAUAGAAAUUAUGUUAUCCUUAGAAGCUGGAACAGGUGACUAGGUGUUAAGUGAUACUAAUGACAUUUUACUAAAGCUACCUCCAUUCUGAAUACUUUCCCUUACACCUACACAUAAGUGUGUAGCCCUUACUGUUCAAAGAGGAGCUUGCUGCAUCACAGAGAGCAUUAUCAAAAACAGAAACUUAAAGUGCAGAGAACUAUGUAUGAUCUUGUGAUCUGACUCAAUAAGUAUGUCUACACUACAAUUUCUGCAUAAUAUCCAUGUAAUAUUUCUGGAGUAUGAGGAAUUGAGAAUGAGGAACAGAGGUCCAUGUCAAAUCCACAGGUUUUCUGUGAGUUUAUUAAUGGUUUUAAUUAAUUAAAGUUGUGAUAUCAGUCAUUGAUGUUUAUUUCAGGAAAUGCUAUCCUUCUGGGAUGUAGCCAUUGACUUCUCUCCAGAAGAGUGGGAAUGCCUGGAGCCUGCUCAGUGGGAUCUGUACAGGGAUGUGAUGUUGGAGAAUUACAGCCACCUUGUGUUCCUGGGUCUUGCUGUCUCUAAGCCAUUCCUGGUGACGUUUCUGGAGCAAACACAAGGGCCUUGGGAUACGAAGAGACAAGCAGCAGCCACUGUGCACGCAGGAAUAAUACCCAAUGAUCCUAACCAUUACAGCAAGCCCACGGAUUGUAAAUCACUCCUUAGUAAACAACAAACCAUUCGUAUAGGGGAGAAACCCUACAAGUGUGUAGAAUGUGGUAAGGCCCUUGGUUCUUAUAAAACACUUUCUAUACACCAGAGACUUCAUACUGGAGACAAACCCUACAAGUGUGAAGAGUGUCAUAAGGCCUUUAGUACUCGCUCAUCGCUUUUUAUUCACAUGAAAAAUCAUACUGAUGAAAAAACCUACAAGUGUGAAGAAUGUGGCAAAUCAUUUUACUAUCCUUCAAUGCUGAAGCAACAUCAGAGAAGAAUUCAUUCUGAAGAGAAACCCUACAAGUGUGAAGAAUGUGGCAAAGCUUUUUAUGAACCUUCAUUCCUUAAGUGUCAUCAAAGAAGUCAUUGUGGGAAGAAAUGUUAUAAGUGUGAAGAAUGUGGAAAAUCCUUUAGCUUUCCCUCAUUCCUUAAGGAACAUCAAAGAAUUCAUUGUAGAAAAAAUGGCUACCAGCAUAAAGAAUUGGUCAAAAGAUUUUCCUCUCCUCUAUACCCUCAGGAACAUAAACAAAUUUGUACUCGAAAGAAACCCUACAAGUGUGGAGAAUGUUAUAAAGCCUUUCGGUGUCACUCAGCCCUUAGGGCACACCAAACAGUUCAUACUGGAGAGAAACCUUACAAGUGUAAAGUAUGUGCGAAAUGUUUUUCCUCACCUUCCACCAUUAAAGCACAUAAAAUAUUUCACUCGGAAGACAACCCCUACAAGUGUGAAGAGUGUGGCAGAUGUUUUUCCUCAUCAUUCUGUCUUAGAAUACAUCAAGCAAUUCACUCUGAAGAAAACCCCUACAAGUGUGAAGAUUGUGGCAAAUGUUUCUCCACAUCUUUAUACCUUAAACGACAUCAAAUAUCGCAUUCUGAAGACAAUCCCCAUAAGUGUGAAGAAUGUGGCAAAAGGUUUUCAUGUUCUGAAAGUCUUCAGGAACAUCGAACAAUUCAUACUGGAGAGAAACCAUACAAGUGUGAAAAUUGUCACAAAGUCUUUCGUCAUCGCUCAUCCCUGAGGAAACAUAAGAGAGUUCAUACUAGAGAGAAAUCCUGCAAGUGUAAAAAGGGUCCUAGGUGUUCUUCCUCAUCCUCAUACCUUGUACAGCAUCAAGCAAUUCACUCUGAAGACAGUCUACACCAGAAUGUGGGAUGUGGCAAUGCCAUUGCUAAUGUUAAUGGCCUUACUGAAAACAUGACAGUUCCUACUGGAGAGAAACCUUACAAGUGUACAGUGUGUGGGAAAUGUUUUUCCUUUCCUUCCUCCCUUAAAAGACAUCAAAUAUUUCACUCUGAAGACAACCCCUUCAAGUGUGAAGAGUGUGGCAAAUGUUAUUCCUCAUCUUUCUGCCUUAAAAGACAUCAAACACUUCAUUCUGAAGACAAUACCUACAAGUGUGAAGAGUGUGGCAGAUGUUUCCCCUCAUCUUCAAAGCUUAGACGACAUCAAAUAUCCCAUUCUCAAGACAAUCGCUAUAAGUGUGAGGAAUGUGGCAAAAGGUUUUCAUGUUCUGCAAGUCUUCAGGAACAUCGAACAAUUCAUACUGGAGAGAAACCAUUCAAGUGUGAAAAUUGUCACAAAGUCUUUCGUCAUCGCUCAUCCUUGAGGAAACAUAAGGCAGUUCAUAUUAGAGAGAAAUCCUGUAAAUGUGGAAAGGGUCCUAGGUGUUUUUCCUCAUCCUCAUACCUUGUAAAACAUCAAGCAAUUCACUCUGAAAACAAUACACACCAGAAUGUGGGAUGUGGCGAUGCCAUUGCGAAUGUUAAUGGCCUUACUGAAAACAUGACAGUUCAUACUGGGGAGAAAUCUCUCAAAGGUCUUAUGUUGCAGGAUUUUCCCAGUCCAGUUCCAUUAGGGCAGCAGGAGGCCUGUGAUUGGACAGGGAAAAAGGAGGCAGAGCUAGAAGUUGCAGAGACAGGGAUUAUCUCAGGGGAGAAGGAGGAAGGCCUGCAUGGAGGCAGACAUGACCCGCUUGGCUUUAACCAGCUAUAAGAAGUUAUCAUAUCAUAGAGUUAGAAUAAUUGGGAUAAAGCUUUUAUCGUUAUCAAUUGGUUCUGCGAUUAAUGUAUUGGCCUCUUGUAUACUGGUAAUUUAUUGAUACAUAAAUCUGAUUGGUUAAUUACAAGCUUCUAGAGUCUUGUUCCUACUGGGUAAAUGGAUGUUGUUAUGGCUGACCACAGGGUGGACGUGGGGACUUGCUGGAGAUUGGCCAGUGUCAGGAGUGUUUGUCUGACCCUGGCCAGAGAGUUGGCAGGCAGAGAGCAACUCAAGCUCAGAGAGUUGGUGGUUUCUUUUUUAGUAUUUAUUGAAACAGUUUUAAAAAGUUUAUACUUCUUCAGCCCUUAAAAAACAUUAAAUAAUUCCUACUGAA